CCCGCUCAUAUGUGAGCGAUCGACUGAGAUGUUUGAUGGCUUGCAGCAGCUGUGAUUGAUUGUUCGAUUAUGGCCAUGGCAGUAAUUGUGCAAGUCUUACAGCACAUACGACUGUACAUCCCGUAGGCAUCAGGAGUGUUGUAUGUUCAACAUGAAACGUCUGACCUUGCUUGUCCUUCUAGUCUACACAUGCCUGUUUGUGUUAUGGGGCAGUUAUGACUGGGUUCAAACCGUAAGAGAGCCCUCCCCUUCAAGAACUGAGAGCAAAAUCCAAACUCCUUUAGUUGAUAUUAAAAUCAACCAAGAAAUCUAUAUGAUGAAUGAUACCGAAAUAAAUGAUAUCAGUUAUCAUGCAUCUGCAACAGCCUCAACGAUGACCCUUGUUAACUCCGAUACGGUGUACACACUUAAUGGAACAAUCAGAGUGAAGAUUGUACUGUUUGACCACAAGCAGAGACCCAAAGCCCGAGGUGGAGACAUGCUUAUCUUAUGGAUGCGAGACAGAAGCAAAGGAGCUGCUUCAGCAGGAUCCGUUACUGACCAUGACAAUGGGACAUACACAGGUAUUCUGCGCAUCUUGUGGACAGGGCAAGCUGUCAUCCGUGCAGCAAUAUUGUGUACAAGAGAAAAAAUGGCUUUCAUGCACAGGGAAUUGAGGAAAGGAUAUGUUGGAAAGAAAAUCACGUGCUUAUUUAACACGCCAAAUUUAACUGAGAUCACUUCAGGACACAUGGAUCACGCAUUUCUGAGGAUUGGACAAGUUUGCAAUCUAACAGACAAACAUUACGGUGUUCCAUUGUAUUGUGUAAAACCGAAGAAGAACGGAAUUCAAUGCAGCCAUUGGACAGGCAUCAAUUCAGUACCAUGGUUGAAGAUGACACUAAAACCUAACAGCGAAUGGUAUUUGAAGUCAUUUGUCCCAGGUACUUUUCCAGGCAAUGUCACAGUACACAUUCCUUCUGCCCCAAACGCAGCGAUGGCUUCAAACAUCCCUUGCAGAAGGGCAAACUCGGAACACCUGGCUGUCAAACCCUGUUGGUUUCUUUUUACAACUCUACGUGGCGCUCCCCGUCGUGUUUUAAUGAUAUAA